UUCAUUGAGUUUGGCUAUUGUUUUUUUUUUUUUUUUUUGGUUGAAAUUUCAACAAGUUCCAAACGACAAAAAACCGAUCCAAUUUGAAUAUCAUGGCUUUUCAUUGUGCAUUAAGCAAUGAAAUACCUGAAGAGCCUGUAAUAUCACCACAUUCUGGUGCUAUAUUUGAAAAACGUCUCAUAUUGAAAUAUUUGGACGAGAAUAAAGUUGAUCCAAUUUGUGGUAAAGAAUUGACUGCCGAUGAAUUGAUUGCCGUAAGAACUGCACAAAUUGUUAAGCCAAAACCACCAUCAGCAAGUAGUAUACCGGCACUUUUGAAAUCAUUACAAGAUGAAUGGGAUGCUUUUGUAUUGCAUGGUUUUAAUAUGCGACAACAAUUACAUACAACAAGACAAGAAUUAUCAUAUGCAUUAUAUCAACAUGAUGCUGCUUGUCGUGUUAUUGCACGUUUAACAAAAGAAUUGACUGCUGCACGUGAUGCAUUGGCUACAUUGAAACCGAAAUCAUCUACAUCAGUUAUUAAUAAUCAAACACCGAUGGCUAAUAAUGAUAUGAAUGAAAAUAAUCAAGAUAAUGAUCAAAAUCGUAUGGAUGAUGAUACAAAUUCUGGAUUACGUAAUGAUGUUAUUGAAAAAAUAUCCAAUAAAGCAGCUAUAUUGACAGCUGAACGUAAAAAACGUUGUAAAACCAUUCCAGUGGAUUUAACUAAACCAGAAGAGAUAAGCCAAUUUAAAACCAUAUCAUCACAAACUGGACUGCAUAGUGUUAGUAUGCCUGGAAUUGUUGCAUUGGAUAUUUGUCCAUCAGAUUCAAAUAAAAUGAUUACUGGUGGCAAUGAUCAUAAUGCCGUUAUAUAUGAUCGGAAUAGUGAACAAAUUGUUACCGUUUUGAAGGGACAUGGUAAAAAAGUCAACAAUGUUAUUUAUCAUUCGAAUCAAUCAAAUGUAAUAACAGGAUCACCUGAUGCACAGAUUCGUGUUUGGUCAGUACCGGAAUCCAAAACACUUCAAAUAAUACAUGCACAUGAAUCACCUGUUACAUCGAUUAGUUUACAUGCUACUGGUGAUUAUUUACUUAGCACUUCGAAUGAUGAAAAAUGGUCAUUUUCGGAUAUAAAUACUGGCAAAGUUUUGAUUAAAGUUGGUGAUCAAACAGCUAAUCAUUCAUUGACAACGGCUAAAUUUCAUCCAGAUGGUUUAAUUUUCGGCACUGGAACAUCAGAUUCAUUGAUAAAAAUCUGGGAUUUAAAAGAACGAUCAAACUUGGCAAAUUUUCCUGGCCAUACUGGUGCCAUAUCGGCAAUGUCAUUUUCAGAGAAUGGUUAUUAUCUGGCUACAUCGGCAGAAGAUUCGUUGAUAAAAUUAUGGGAUUUACGUAAAUUGAAAAAUUUCAAAACCAUAACAUUGGAAGAAGGAUAUCAGAUUAAGGAUCUAUGUUUUGAUCAUACUGGAAAUUAUUUGGCCAUUGCUGGUACCGAUAUUCGUGUCUAUAUUAGUAAACAAUGGGAAAUGAUAAAAACAUUUGAAGAUCAUGUCGGAAUUGUUACUAGUGCACGUUUUGGCCAUAAUUCCACAUUCAUUUGUUCAGUCAGUAUGGAUCGUUCAUUGAAAAUUUAUUCCACACACAAUUAAUUGAUUCAUUUUUUCACAUAAACACCAACCAUUCUGUAAUUCGGAA